AUUAUCUAUAAAUUGAGUCCUGCAACCUUUCUAAGCUCCCAUCAAUACAAACAUACUCGAAGCUAAAAUUACAAGUUAACUAUGAAAUCUAUAUUUCUAUCAUUUGUGAUUCUCUUUGGCAUGUCCACCCAACCCUUGCACAGAGAAGUUGAUGCUUCACCUGAGCAAGUGGUUGACAUAGAAGGCAACAAGGUUCGGGUCGGAGUAGACUACUACAUCCGACCGGUCCCAACAACCCCGUGCAACGGUCGCGGGCCUUGUGUUGUUGGAAGUGGUUUUGUUCUUGUAGCAAGAUCACCAAACGAGACAUGUCCACUUAAUGUUGUAGUGGUCGAAGGUUUCCGUGGCCAAGGAGUAACAUUUACACCAGUUAACCCUAAGAAAGGUGUUAUUAGGGUUUCCACUGAUCUCAACAUUAAAACUUCCCUUGAUACAGUGUGUGAAGAGUCCACAGUAUGGACACUUGAUGAUUUUGAUUCCUCAGCCGGACAAUGGUUUGUGACUACGGGCGGGGUUGUUGGAAAUCCUGGUAAAGACACCAUUAGCAAUUGGUUCAAGAUUGAGAGGUAUGAAGAUGACUAUAAGCUUGUGUUUUGCCCUACUGUAUGCAACUUUUGCAAGCCCUUGUGCAGAAAUGUUGGAGUCUUUAGGGAUAGUAAUGGGAAUCAACGUGUGGCUCUCACUGAUGUGCCUUACAAAGUUAGGUUCCAGCCAUCUGCUUGAAGCAUUCUCAAUACAUGAACAAAUUGUGUAAUAUAUAUUCUUCACUUUUACAAUACUGAUAAUGUAAAAGUGAAUAGCAUCAUGAAUAAAAUCAAUCAAUAUGUUUAAAAAUUA